UUUUGCAAUCCAGUGAAACAAGAUAGUUGGCUCAAGGAGUAAGGUACAAUACUCGAAAUGAAAUUCGUGAUAAUCGUAUUUGUUGCGCUCUUCGCCUUGGCAUCGGCCCAGUUUCCGUUUGGCCAAAUUGUUAGGGAUUUCGAACGAUUGGAAGGCGGCUUCCAACAGCAGCAGCAGCAGCAGCAAAGCGGCUUUGGCGGUCAACAGCAGCAGCAGCAGGAGGAGGGUGUCGUAUUGAGAGGUCCUUUUGGCGGCGGAGUGGAGUUCUUCCAGGAGCAACAACAGCAGCAGCAAGGCGGCGGAGGUCAGCAGCAACAGCAGCAGCAGGAGAACUUGUUUAACUUCUUCGGCUAAUGCUCCUUUAUGCUCCUUUACAAGGACAUCUAGACAUAGACUGACCGCCAUAUAUAGAACUCAGAAGCAAGCCAUCACUUAAAGCCAUGCUCAUAGAGAUAAACACAACAUGAACAAAUACUUUUAAAAAUACACAAUUAUAAACAA